GCACGAACUCAAGGUAUGUUACGCGUUCGUUUAUUGUCGCGAAGAGAAACCUUAUUUAAUUACGUCGUGGAUAUAAACUUUAUUAACAAUGACGUCUCUCACCCCCAGGCUUUCCGAUUCUGCCCUCUACCAAACACUUUUAACUACCCAACGAUACGGGAAUUAGCAAGAAACAGCAUUCUCUGCAUUAUUACUAGCAAUUGCCGUGUAUUCAGUACGUUUCUUACGAAUUCUUUAGAACCGACAUUUUUUUCGAGUAAAUUAACGCCUUUUCAGGCUUUUCCUUGAUAACGUAACGAAGAUCAGGCGCAAUUGACUUUAAAAGUCACUAUAGACGACCUGUGUACUAUUAGUGCGUAAACACACGCGCAAUUCUCAACCGUAGUUUCCUGCCUGGGUCCUAACAAGCCUUUCUGUAUUUUUCUUUUCCAAUCGUUUAUUACACAACCGUGUGACACGAUUCUUUCAGUAACUGCGAUUGUUGAAACUUUAUUGGAGGUUGGUUUCUCAAAAACCCUUUUGUAUCUUUAUAACUCCUUUUUAUACUGCUUGGAUUUGUAUCGAUGGUGUCUGGAAAAGAGGACCCGGACGUUCAAUUGGAACGCUUUUCCCAAGUCCUCAAUGGCUUCAAUUGCAUUUUGAACGAUGAUAUGACUGAAGCAAGGACCAUUUUCGCGAAGGAUAAUGGUUCUUUUCACUUGUGUGGACGAGCCGUCAUCGUUUUUAUAGAAGCAGUGCUUACGUUUGAGCCAUCAAAGUUUACAGCAUCAUUAGAUGCGAUAACUGCAGCCAACAAAUCUUUAGAAAAGGACCGAGCUCAUGCUGUGAAGCAUUCAAUCACUCUUUCAACGUUUGACCCCGGUGUGGAAUACCAAGUAGCGAACGGACUUUUACUCAUCCUAAGUGCGCUCAUUGGUUUUUGUUCUGAAUCAAUUGUUACUAGCGUGAAAGCUGUGUACAAACUGAGAAAGGCUCAUAUAAUAUUUGAUAAGAUUACCAAGAAACGUUACGAGACCUUUGUUAAAGGUGCUCCUCCAACUGGCGAUCCACGCCGAGACGGGAUUAAUGAGUUCGUGCAGUCUGCGACACUGUUAUGCAGCGGCUUGUUUACACUGCUCAUUUCGCUUUUGCCUCCAAAAAUGAUUCGUAUCUUAAACAUUUUGGGUUACAAUAGUGAUCGCGACUGGGCUAUUAAGACAAUGUGGACAGUUAACCAUACCUACCCAACAAGUUUUUUUGCUGCUGUUAGUUUUGCUGCAUUGAUUCAAUUUUACAGCGGAGCAGUACAACUUUGUGAUAUCUACAAAACCACUCCGGAACAACCAGAUGGAUGGCCGGCAGGCGAUUGUUUCAAAAGUUUACAAGUCAUUCAAAAGACAUUUCCCUCAGGCCCCAUGUGGCCUCUUCACAGGGCUAAACUUCUGUCCAUGAUUAAGCAAUCGGAAGAAGCACUGGAAGUCCUUGAUGAAAUGUUGACGAGACCUGCACCUCAACUGAAGCAACUACAGGUUCUCAUCGUAUUUGAGCAUGCUCUUGACAGUGCUUUUUGUCACAAAUACGUUGAAAGUGCUCGUAGUUUCCUUCAGUUAUCAAAGCUAAAUGACUCGAGCACAGCACUUUACUCAUAUUUUGCUGCUGCCUGUUUUCUGCAAGACGUGCGUGUAAACGGAAAUCCACAAUCGCUCUCAUUUGCUUCUAGCUUGCUAGAACCACUUUAUGAUCUGGUCGCUAAAACAACAGCUCCUCUUGAUAUUCACAUUCGACGAAAGUUACUGAAGCUCAUUAACCGUAGAAAGACUGCAGGAGGUCACGGUGGGCUUGCAGAAUACGUUGGUUUUUCUCCUUUAUACGAGUUAACUUAUGUCUGGAAUGGUUUUCGCCGUAUGAAUCAACACGAGUUGGUGAUGUUUGACCUCGAGCGUGUUGAACCCUGGCAGGAUGAAGAUGAUAUGGCAUGUCAGUUACUGAUUAAAGUUGCCGUUCUUCGGAAUCUUGGUCGUGUUAAUGAAUGCUUUCCUCUCUUGGAAGAACUCCGUGGUAUGGACAAAAAAACUAGUGAGCGUUGGGCCGUAGGCUUUGGGUUGUAUGAAAUGGCAGUUGCUCUGUAUGAAACGGGAAGCACUGACCAGACACAAUUGAAGGAAUGCGACCGCUUUCUUAAGGCCGCUCGUGAUUUUGGAAGCAACAAUGAGUUCGAAAGCCGGCUCACAAUUCGAGUACAAAUGGCGCGCUCAGUUGUAAAAGAUGCCUUACGAGAAAAACACAAUACCAGGCUUUAAACACUUGCUCAGAUUCAUGCCGAUAUCAGGAAUUCCGGCCCUUCACGAGUUCGAUUCGUGUGUAACAUUAAACGAGUGACGGGAUGUUAACUUUGCCCAUUAUCGUUCCCAUGCUUUUAGGUUAUUAAUGCAAACUGCAUUUGCAAUACAUUUUUUUUAGUUUUUAUGUAGACAACUAAUGCACUGUUUUACAACCUCUUUUUCCCGUAUCCAAACUUGUUACUAUUAUGAAAUAUACGUUUAUUUUUUCUAAAACACCCUACAAUCCCUAAACAACGUGA